UCCCAGGGUGCCCCGCGGACCGGCGGCGCUCUGGUCGGCCGCUCUCGCUGGCGUCGUAGGGCCCGGUGGAAACGCGAGCGAAGGCGGCGGCGACCGUGGGUGGCGGCGGCCGGGAGGCGUCUCAGGCACCAGCUGGCCGGUAGGGCGACACGGGGAGGCAUGUCGGAGCACGAGACGCCCGCGGCCCCGGAACCCGGGCCCAACGGCGGCGGCGGCGGCGGCGGCGGCCCGGCCCCCGCGCGCGGCCCGCGCACCCCCAAUUUGAACCCCAACCCCCUCAUCAACGUGCGUGACCGGCUCUUCCACGCGCUCUUCUUCAAGAUGGCUGUCACCUACUCACGGCUCUUCCCGCCCGCCUUCCGCCGCCUCUUCGAGUUCUUCGUGUUGCUCAAGGCACUGUUUGUGCUGUUCGUGCUCGCCUACAUCCACAUCGUCUUCUCACGCUCCCCUGUCAACUGCCUGGAGCACGUGCGAGACAAGUGGCCACGCGAGGGCGUGCUGCGCGUGGAGGUGCGGCACAACUCCAGCCGCGCGCCCGUCUUCCUGCAGUUCUGCGACAGUGGCGCCCAAGGCAGCUUCCCUGGCCUGGCCAUGGAGCCGGGUGGCUUGGAGCUGGAGGAGGAGGAGGAGCUGACCAUGGAGAUGUUUGGGAACAGCUCAGUCAAGUUUGAGCUGGACAUAGAGCCCAAGGUGUUCAAGCCGCCCACUGGCACUGAGGCCCUGAAUGACAGCCAGGAGUUCCCCUUCCCUGAGACGCCCAACAAAGUGUGGCCGCAGGACGAGUACAUUGUGGAGUACUCGCUGGAGUAUGGCUUCCUGCGGCUGUCGCAGGCCGCGCGGCAGCGCCUCAGAAUCCCUGUCAUGGUGGUCACCCUGGACCCCACACAGGACCAGUGCUUCGGAGACCGCUUCAGCCGCCUGCUGCUGGACGAGUUCCUGGGCUAUGAUGACAUCCUCAUGUCCAGCGUGAAGGGCCUGGCAGAGAACGAGGAGAACAAGGGGUUCCUACGGAAUGUGGUCUCGGGGGAGCACUACCGCUUCGUCAGCAUGUGGAUGGCGCGCACGUCCUACCUGGCUGCCUUCAUCAUCAUGGUCAUCUUUGCCCUCAGCGUGUCCAUGCUGCUGCGCUACUCACACCACCAGAUCUUUGUCUUCAUCGUGGACCUGCUGCAGAUGCUGGAGAUGAACAUGGCCAUCGCCUUCCCUGCAGCGCCCCUGCUGACCGUCAUCCUGGCCCUCGUGGGGAUGGAGGCCAUCAUGUCUGAGUUCUUCAACGACACCACCACAGCCUUCUACAUCAUCCUGAUCGUGUGGCUGGCCGACCAGUACGACGCCAUCUGCUGCCACACGAACACCAGCAAGCGGCACUGGCUAAGGUUCUUCUACUUGUACCACUUCGCCUUCUACGCCUACCACUAUCGCUUCAAUGGGCAAUACAGCAGCCUGGCCCUGGUCACCUCCUGGCUUUUCAUCCAGCAUUCCAUGAUCUACUUCUUCCACCACUACGAGCUGCCCGCCAUCCUGCACCAGAUCCGCAUCCAGGAGAUGCUGCUGCAGACCCCGCCACUGGGCCCCAGGACCCCCACGGUGCUACCGGAUGACCUGAACAACAACUCCGGCACCCCGGCCAUCGCACCCGACCCUGCUGGCCAGCCCCUCGCCCUAGGUCCUGGUUCAGCUGGAGCCGGCGGGGUGCCUGGGCCUGGGCCCGCGGUGCCCAACACCCUAGGGGCUGUGGCUGCCUCAGUGGCUGCCGCGGCCGGGGGUGACCUGGGCUGGAUGGCUGAGACAGCCGCCAUCAUCACUGAUGCCUCCUUCCUGUCUAGCCUGGGCGCCUCGCUCUUGGAGCGGAGGCCCGCCGGACCCCUGAACCCCAGUGGGGGCCUUCCCCACACCCCUCAGGACAGUGUCCCCCAGAGCGACUCCUUGGCACCCGACACAGCCUUCCUAGUAGCCACCGGGACUGGGCCGGGCACUGCACCCAGGACCCCAGCUGACUCGCCCUCCGAGGUCUGGUCCUGAGCAUCCCAGCUGCCGGGCGUGACAUCAGAGCCCGUGGUAGGGAGGCUGUCCCUCAUGGGGCCUGGGCCAUCCCCCUCCCUGACUGCCUGCCUGUGCUUUGUGGCCAGUGGCCACCGAAUCGAUCAUGUUUGGGAGGGCUGGCCUCCCCUGGUGCGCCAGCCAGGACUGCCCUGCUGGAAAGCUGUGUGUGUGGUGGUCUUAGAGGAGUGGGAGAGGGCCACUGAAGGCUCUGGAGGGGCUCAGUGGGAGGCCUGGGGCACCGUCCUGGGGCAGGGCUCAGCAGCAGGUGACAGGCGGGGAGUGGUUGUGUCGGGCCACGGGGCUCGGCCAGCCCAGCUGCCAGGUGCUCCCCAAGCAGUGCCUUCCCGGCCGCCCAUCUCCAAGCGCUGCAGCCUGGGUUCCCUGGGUGCGGAACUGUGCCACGGGCACGGCGGGGUCCAGGUGCCAAUGUCAGCCGCCUGGCGUUUGUGAGGAUGGGAGCAGCGUUCAUUCCAUUCUAUUUAAUUGCAGUGUACAAAGUUGUGUUUGUAUACAGAAUAAACUGUCCAUGGACAGCA